AUGUUUAGUAGAUUAAUUUUAAAAACAUGCUUAAUACCACCGCCGUCUCAAAUAACGUCAUACUCUACGACAUCUGGUGCGGAAACCGUAGACUUAGCGUAUUCUUCUUACGAAAAUACCUCAGAUGAGAAUAUAAAAACUCCUCCUGUUAUUAUUCUACAUGGCUUACUAGGUUCAAAGAACAACUGGAAUAGUAUGAGUAAAGCUAUACAUAAAACGACAGGAAGAAAAGUCAUCAGUAUAGAUGCUAGAAAUCAUGGAGACAGCAAACAUUCAUCUCAACAUUCGUAUCUUCACAUGGCUCAUGAUGUCAUGAAGCUUCUUAAAAGCUUGGAUAUAACGAAAGUGUCACUACUAGGGCACAGUAUGGGCGGACGUACUGCAAUGGUCCUUUCACUGUUAUGUUCCGAUCUUGUAUCUAGCAUGAUUGUAGUGGAUAUUUCUCCAGUGAAAAUAAGUCCACAGAUAUUUUCCAUGAUCAACCUCUUAGAUGCCAUGGCUGCUGUAUCAAUACGGUCAGGAAUAGCUAUGUCCAAAGCAAGAAAACUUGCUGACGAACAGCUUAAAGCAAUCACACCGGAUGUCAAUUUGAGAAAUUUCCUCCUUACAAAUUUAGUACAAACGAACACCGGAUCAUAUACUUGGAGAGUAAAUUUACCGGCCUUAAAAGAAAACUUUCAACAAAAUAUAUCAUGUUUUCCAGCCAGUUUGAAAGGUCUUCAAUAUUGCGGACCCACAUUAUUUAUAGGAGGUUCUCUUUCAGAUUUUAUAGGGAAAAAGGAUCUACCCGCAAUACAGGAGUAUUUUCCACUUGCUGAAUUGAAAUUUGUUGAAGGAGCUGGCCACUGGGUGCACAGUCAGAAACCGGAGAAAUUUCUAGAACUAGUUUGCGGUUUUCUUAAAGAUACUUAA